AUGGAGUCUCUCACGGAUCAACAGGUCCUCGCCCACUCCACCGCCAAACACGUCCACCAUACCUGGGCCAAGACGUUUCAAUGCCGACCCGAGCUCUACAUCAAACCGCAAACGCUCGAGGAGAUUCAGAACAUCGUGAGAUUGGCCCACAAGCGUCGACGGCGCCUUGUCGUAGUAGGAUGCGGACAUUCGCCUUCCGACCUUACGUGUAGUUCGUCGUGGAUGGUCAACUUGGACGAUUACAAUCGCGUUAUCAAGGUCGACAAAGCUCGUAAGACAUUGCUGGUUCAAGGUGGCAUUCGCUUGCGUAAAUUGAACAGCGAGGCCAACAAGGAGGGCCUCACGAUGCGCAAUCUGGGCAGCAUAGACGAGCAAAGUAUAGUGGGCGCGAUCGCGACUGGAACCCAUGGCAGCUCGCUGAAGCACGGUCUCCUCUCCGAAUCGGUGCGGUCAUUACAGAUCGUAUUGGCGAAUGGACAAGCAGUGAGAUGUUCGAAAGAGCAGAGUGCGGAACUCUUCAAGGCUGCUCUGAUCAGUCUCGGCGCUCUCGGCAUCAUCGUGGAAGUGGAAUUCGAGAUGAUCGAUGCAGGCAAAAUCGAAUGGGAGCAAGAGCUAGUAUCGCUGAAUCACGUGCUCACUACAUGGGAGAACACCCUCUGGACGCAGAAGGAAUAUACUAGAGUUUGGUGGAUGCCAUACAUGAAGCGAGCGAUUGUGUGGUCGGCAGAAAAGACCGACAAGACAUUACGGCCACCGCAGGAAAGCUGGUACGGUGGCAGUGUUGGAUUUCACACCUAUCACAAUCUUCUCUGGCUAUCAAAUUACGCACCUUGGAUAUUACCCUGGGUGGAAUGGUUCGUAUUCGGCAUGCAAUACGGCUUUUCCACUGGCAACAAAACGAGCGCUGUUGAGGAUUUGCGAACGGGCCUGCUGAUGAACUGUUUAUACUCUCAAUUUGUGAACGAAUGGGCACUACCGCUCAGCAAGGGACCCGAAGCUAUCACACGUCUCUCAGCCUGGAUAAACGGCGAGCCUGGUGCAGGUGGCAUCCCCUUCUCGUCAAAAGGCCUCUACGUCCACUGUCCCAUCGAAGUCAGAGUAUCAGACACAUCCGAGACACGAUGUCGACCUUACCUCGAUAAUACCGUGCACGAUGGCCCAACCCUGUACCUGAACGCCACGCUAUACCGACCGUACUUGCAAGACCCACCUUGUUGGAAGCGGUACUACGAGGCGUUCGAAUGGCUUAUGCAAGAAAUGGGCGCGAAACCGCACUACGCCAAGAACUUCUCGUAUACCUCUUCCGAAUAUUUGAGUGAGAAGCUUGGUGAAGGUCUCACGCAAUGGCUCAAAGUUCGUCACGAUGCAGAUCCCGAUGGUAUGUUCCUGGGUGAAUGGCAUCGGCGUACUUUGGGUCUUGGAACUGCGGAUAUCAAAUACAGACUUCAAGAACGAGAGGUAUCUCGCCAGAAGGCUUCCGAUGGGGGAAAGCUGUGGGUAGGAGAAGUGACUGCUUCUGCUGGACCGGCAGCCGAAGCGUUCGGGGAUGUGAAGCCGCUCAAUGUAAGGACGAGGUCGGAAAGCCCUGGCGCCAGCUCGUCGGCAAGCAGCUUUGACAUGAUGCACGGUGCGGAGGCCGAAAAGAGCAUCCUGUACAAUGGCAGUGAGUAUGAUGACGAUGAGGAAGGGGUUAGGUUCCACGGCAAUCCUCGGACUAGAAUGACUGGGACUGCCGUAUUCGAUAAGAUGUAG